AUGUCGCCGAAGGUGCCACCCAAGGUGCAGGCCGUCGACCUCAUUUACACGCUACCGCCUGCUGUGGAGAAUAUACGUGGACGAUGGAUGACCACUCUGCAAAGCGCGGGUGCAGUGUCUGGCUUCUUAUCCGCCGUUGAAGCACAGCUCCUCGUCUUCUACAAGGUCGCAUCCAACUUCAAUACCGCCACGGGUCGCGUCGAGGGCUCUCAAUCACCCACACAAGACGCGUGUCUCAUCCUCACCUACGUCGCCCUCAUCGCCAGCGUUAGCGGGACGAUGAGCUCCAUGCUGCUCGUCGAUGAGUUCGCUGUCGUCUCUGCGCGCGCGGCGCGUGCUGGACCCGUGAUGGAAGAGAAGGACACCCACGCCGGUCGCUUUGUCGGGAACGACUGGCAAGUCCUCGCAGCAUUCGGUUUCAGGCGUUCUGCGUCGCGACUCGUCACCAUACACCUGAUUGUCUCCUUGACAUUGACUUGCAUAUGUACAAUAGCCGCGGCGGCUACCUAUGCCGGCACGCAGGAGGCGACAUUGACGCGGAUAAUAGUCUCCAUAACAGCCGGGCUGUCCGUCCUUCCGCUCGUAUUCUUCGUUCUCUUCCGGUAA